CGGACAGGUCUGCCAGCCUGCCAGCUUCUGCCACAGGAGAGCCCCACUCAGUGGCAGACAGAUCAUCAGCACCCAGCGGUUACUGCCCGUCACAGCCCCAGCCAGGCGCUGGCUACACUGUUGCAGCGCAGGAUACACUGUUGCAGCGCAGGCUACACUGUUGCAGCGCAGGAUACACUGUUGCAGCGCAGGAUACACUGUUGCAGCGCCGGAGACAUUGUCGGAGCGCCAGAUACACUGUUGCAGCGCCGGAGACUGUUGCAGGCGCAUACAUUACAGGGCGACACGUUGCAGGGCUUUGUGCUGCUGGCUGCCCCUGACUCCGCACAUGCUGUGCUUGGGAUCCGCUCCCAGUCUGUCGCUGUCGCUGCCGCUGCUGUCUCCAUGGCUGGCCAUGAUCUGGAGAAAAGCAACGCGUCCUUCCUCCCUACGGACAUGCCCACUGUGUCGGUGGCCAAACUGGCCUCUCUGGGCAUCAUCGCCUGUGUCAGCCUUGCCGGCAAUCUGCUCUUCGCUUUCAUCGCCCUGAAGGACAAGAACCUGCACCGGGCUCCCUAUUACCUGAUGUUGGACCUGUGUGUGGGAGACCUGAUCCGGUCGCUGCUUUGUUUCCCUUUGGUUCUGAAGUCCAUCAGCAGCGGAUCCCAAUGGACCUACAGCAAGAGGAGCUGCAGAAUCAUGGCCUUCGGGGCGGUGCUGCUCUGCUUCCAUGCCGCCUUCAUGCUGCUCUCCAUCAGCCUGACCCGGUACAUGGCUAUAGCCCACCAUAGGUUCUACUGCAAGAGAAUGACGGGCUGGGCUUGUGCCAUUGUCAUCUCCAUGGCCUGGAUCCUUUCCACCGCUAUGGCCUUGCCUCCAGUGUUUGAGGUGGGCACCUACAAGUUCAUUAGGGAGGAGGACCAGUGCACCUUUGAGCAUCGCUAUGUCAAAGCCAACGACAGCCUGGGCUUCCUACUCAUGCUAGCCUUUAUUGUGGGGGCCACCCAUUUUAUCUACAUGAAACUGCUCUUCUUCAUUUAUGACCAUCGGAAGAUGAAACCAGCCCAGCUGACUCCAGCCAUUAGCCAGAACUGGAGCUUCCAUGGACCUGGGGCAGCAGGGCAGGCAGCUGCCAACUGGAUCGCUGGGUUCGGCAGGGGCCCCACUCCCCCUACAUUGGUAGGAAUGAGACAAAGCACCCAGGGCCACAUUAAGCGACUGGUAGUGCUGGAAGAGUUCAAGCAAGAGAAGAGGCUCUGCAAGAUGUUCUAUGUGAUCACCUUUCUGUUCCUAGUCUUCUGGGCUCCUUACCUGUUGGCUUGUUACCUAAGGGUCUUUCUGAAGGCUUCUAGCCUGCCUCAAGGCUACCUAACAACGGCAGUGUGGCUAACGUUUGCCCAGGCAGGGGUUAACCCUAUUGUCUGCCUCUUGCUAAACAAAGAAGUAAGGAUGUCCCUAAGAGCUUACAUCCCCUGCAAGAGCACCCAGACCCAAAGGGAUCCUUAUAUGGACACAUGACCCUGCUAGCCAAUUAGCAUGGGUAACUGCACAUAUCAGUAAUGCAAUCUUUCUUUAAUUAGAUCAUGUGGCUUCAGUUUCCAGGGCAGAUUUAGAAUUUUUUUUAAUAAUGCAGAUAUCUGUAACCCCUGGUACAUAGCUGUUGCUGAACUAACUGCCAGCACACUUUGGGUGCUUUAGGGAUGCUGGUCAUGCACAGGUUUAGGAUCUAUGGACUGAUACCUUGGCUGCUUGAAUAUUGCUUGACUACAUUUCCCAGCAUCCUCACGUAUGUAAUCCAAGGGCAGCAUGCUGGGAUUUGUAGUCCACUUUGCAGACAAGAUUUUGUGCUAUUGUAUUCUGCUGAUGUUUUGGAUCCGCCUUGUGUUCUAAGACUAUGCUUUGAGAAAGGAACAAGAGAUUGUUCUGAAAAUAAAAUGGCAGUGAUUUUAGACUCGAGAGCACUGGGUUAUUAGAUGGGUUGGCUGUAAAGAUUUUAGGAAGGCAACUGAUUCCCUCCCAGAGAGCACCAAGUGUUUAUUAGGGGAAUGAAUGCAGGUUAUAGACUGAGAAAUGGGGAUUUUCUCUCCAAUAACUGGAGAUCUGAGAUUAAUGAGGCUCCCGCUCAUAUAGUGUAUAAAUAGGAUCAAUGUUUGUAUGUAUUUCAUGCAUUAUGGGGACCUUUAUGCACAGGGAUGCACAGCAUUGUAUAAAGGCUUGGAAGAACCUUAUAUAAAGAAAGGCUCUGCUCGCUACAGUCUGUCGUCUGCGGAACAAUUGACUUAACCCUGUGCGUGCCAGUACGCCCGCAGGAAGGAUGCAUAAUAGGAUUAGCACUGGCACUCAGCCAUUACAGGAUUAAGAUAUUGUUCAUUUUAUCAGUUAGAGCUGACUCGUGCCUGCCUGGCUUUCUAUUUGUUCAUAUACCUUCAGGUAACAUGGAGGCACCCCAUGUAAUACAAAAGCAUAAACACAAACCAGUGAGAAUGUGUUUAGUUACAACACAAUUAUAUACAGUAUAAUGGGGUUACAUGAUUUACACAGGGGCAUAGCACUGUACCACUGGGCAACCCCUACCACAGCCAAAGCUGCACAAUAUUAGCAGGUCCCUGGACCCCCCCAAGGGUAGGACAGGGGUGUCACUGCUUGCACACAAUCACCACAUCAUAGAGACAAUGAACACUUAAGCCAUUUGCAGAAUGUUUUUCAGAGAUGUCCAUUAUUCAUUGCAGGAGAGAAGACUUCACCUUUAGGAGAUAGAGUAAGGCCUAAUAUUACUAUGCAUCCUCCCUUGUAUGUACAUUUAUUGUGAUUUUAGUAUAUAUAGCGACAACAGGCAUCUAAAUUGAUGUAAUAGAUUUAAUACCCAGGGUCAGUUGUUCUCCAUGGGGAGAUUAUAAUUGCCACAGGACAUCUUGGCAAUAUGCUGGCACUAAUGCUUAUGUUAUCCAAAGGCCAAAUAGACUGGCUGCCAUUAGGAUAAGGGCUUUGUACUCUGAUACCCCCUAUCAGUAACCCAGCAGUGUUCCCAGAAGUGCCCAUAUCUGUACAGUGAACAUGGGCCAGCUUCUCUGGGAUCUGAUUUAUAAAGAGUUAAUAGGUGCAGGGUAGAAGUUAGGGUGGGGGUCAGGGUGGCCAAGCAAUGGAUGCAGCCUGGGAUUAAAUUAGUACAAAUUAACCAUAGUGGUUAUAUGUACUACAACUCCCAGCAGCCCCUGAAAGACUGAAACACUGUGCUGGUGCUUGAGGGAAGCAUGAUAGACAUUUCUGCCAUAAAACAGCAAAAAAUAACACAAAAUGUAAUAAUAUGUAAAUGGAAUAUUAACCAAGGUGGUUUUUUUUAUUUCUUGCCAAGACGCCCUUUGUGUCUGGUGUUCAUGGUAUACACCUUCUCUGUCUUGCCAUGGAAACCAUAAUGAAUAAGUGUGUAUGUAUUGUAGUUGUAUUUGUUGGAAAAUGCAUGUAGUGUUUAACAUGACAUGAUAGCAACCGGACAUGACCAUAUAUCCCACAUUAUGGGCUAGUGUGCCAGCUUAGCUUCUCUUCUUAUUGCCUCAGUUUAUACUUAGGGGACCCCUGUUUCUCCCCAGAAGGAUUUUAUACUGCCUGCCUUGUUUUCCAUUACUCGUCCCUCUGAUUGUGCUGACUAGUCUGCAGCCCAGUAUCCUACCAGCCUUCCUACU